UGCUUCCUCUCGAGCGCGGCAGCACUGCAGUCCGUUCAAGAGAAAAGGAAAGCAAACUGUGUCUGGGAGAAAAAGUCACGGCAGUCACACAUCUGUUGGUGAAAAAUGGCUCAACGACAGGCUAUAAAAGGCAUGUUGAAUAACCUGUCAAAGGAGCAAUUUACCGAAUUCUGCGACGAGCUUGUGAACCGCAAAGAGCAGCCGUGGGUCGCACUCAACAAGGUGGAGGGGAAAAGCGUCUUAGACAUCAUGAAGGUCCUGCUUUCCACUUUCAAUGAGAAAGCUGUCGAAGUGGCUGCGGAGGUAUUGAACGAGAUUGGAUGCAACGAAGCAAGAGCCAAACUGUUGGCAGCAGUUGUUGAACCUGGAUCCAGUAACAUGGAAGCUACGGGUGGACCGUCCUCAGAAAAUGGAUCAAGGGACACUGCGAGACCCUCAGCUGGAGGGACAGCUCAAUACACCAUGGUAGACGGUGAGCACUUUGUGGAUAAACAUAGAAUCGAGCUGAUCAACAGAGUGCACUGCGUUGCAGACAUUUUGGAUAAGCUCCUUCAGGAAAAAGUCAUCACACCAUCGAUUUAUGAUGAAAUCAUGGCAAUCCAGACCACUCAGAAGCAGAUGAGGGAACUCUUCAGUGGUCCCCUGAAGGCAGUAGGGCUUCGUGGCAAAGAAGUCUUCUACAGAAUCCUUGCGAAAGAGGAGGAAUAUCUCAUUGAAGAGCUAAAGGGAAAAAAGUGAAUGUUGUAGAGAAAUCAUUUUUUAGACUAAACGUACAUUGUGCCUCAAGAAAGAAAACGUCUAAAACGAUUACAAUGGGGAAAUAGUCAUGUAAAUGUCUCUGUAGGGGGUUCUAUCAAAUAUAGCUUUUGCACCUUCAUGUUUAAUCAUAGCUCUUGCCCUUUUUUUACACUUGGACCAGUCAUAUUUUAUAAAAUGUACACGUUUUCCUGUAAGGUUAAAACCAGAUUCAGCAAACCAUGUAAGUCAUUCAUGUAAUGUAAUGAUGUAAGAAAUGAUUUAGCGUUCUCACCUGACAUGUAAUGUUUUAAUCCAGCAAAUCCCAGAUGGAUUGAGUCUGCUUUUAACCUAUUUUUUAUAAAUUAAAGGAUGCUUGAUCAUGAAUGAUUAUCCUUAGGUUUUGCAUGCAGAUUUUAAUUUUUAAUUAUUGUCUUAUGUGCUAAACGAUUCUAUUGUUGUUUUUUCCCUCGUGAAAAUACGUUUACUUUUGGAGGCCAAUGUUUUCUAUUUUGAAAUACAUUUUCAAUAAACUCUUAUAAAUAUUA